GAGGAGCAAUGCUAUCCAUAUAUGCCCUAAACUUAUAUUUAAACAUCAAACAUAAAGUUCGAGGACCAAAGUAAAAGAUAUUCAAAAUGUCGGGGAGUUGAGUGCAAUUUAACCCCUCUAUAAGUUUUCGCCGGUGAGCCGGGGCUUCUCCGUUCAGCGCUGUGGGGAAAAGCGCUUUCGACGCUUGAGAGCUUCACGGCGAAGUAGAAGAUGCGAGCCCUCGUCCUCCUCCGCGCGUUCUCCAGGGCGAAGGCCCACACGCUCCUCUUCUCCUCCCACUGUGCUCGUCGCCAUUGCCACGCGCCCGCGAAGAGGGAGAGGGCGAAGGGCCCUCGCAUCCUCGGCCCCGACCUCCCCGACAUCUGGCGCUCGCCGCCGCUCGAUUCGACGCAUCCUCCGCCGCCAUUGAUCGAUGCAAACCAGGAGAUAAAUCCAACUAUUAUUGAUGGGAAUUCCAUUGCGGAGGAGAUAAGAUCACGAACAGCUGAAGAAGUUCACCAAAUGAAGGACGCUGUAAAAAAGAUUCCUGGAUUAGCUGUUAUAUUGGUUGGGCAAAGAAGGGACUCUCAAACUUACGUGCGUUAUAAGAUAAAGGCCUGUCAUGAAGUUGGAAUAAGAUCUCUAACAGCAGAACUACCUGAGGAUUGCACAGAAGAUGAAGUAGUGGAUUCCGUAUCGAGAUUCAAUGAAGACCCAUCUGUUCACGGUAUCCUUGUGCAACUACCUUUACCACAACAUAUGAAUGAGGAGAGAAUUUUGGGCGCAAUAAGUCUAGAGAAAGAUGUUGAUGGCUUUCACCCCCUUAAUGUUGGAAAUCUUGCAAUGAGAGGAAGAGAACCUCUAUUCAUUCCUUGUGCUGCGAGAGCUUGCAUUGAAUUGCUUACUCGCACUGGCAUUGAACUUAUGGGAAAACAUGUGGCUGUGAUUGGGCGAAGCAAGGUCGUGGGCCUGCCAACAACUUUAUUAUUGCAGAGGCACCAUGCUACUGUCAGUUCUGUGCAUGCCUUCACAAAGAACCCACAAGAUAUAACUCGGCAAGCCGACAUUGUGAUCUCAGCUGCAGGAGUGGCCAAUCUUGUAAGAGGAAGUUGGUUGAAGAGAGGCGCAGUUGUAAUUGAUGUUGGAACAAAUCCUGUGGAGGAUCCCAGCAGUGAGCAUGGUUACCACCUAACUGGAGAUGUUUGCUUCAAAGAAGCAGUGAAGGUGGCCUCAGCUAUAACACCGGUGCCUGGUGGAGUGGGCCCUGUUACAAUCGCCAUGCUUCUUUCCAACACUCUCGACUCUGCCAAACAGAUAUAUGGAUUGAAUUGCUGAUUUCUCCGGGAUGUCUCAAUAUUUGUCUUUUGUUCUCUUAACAUCUUCAUCGCCUUAUGUUUACCAUUGUAAAUUUAGUAGUUCUGCCCCUUUUCAUAUGUCUCGAGAUUAUUGAUCUUCACGUUUGAAUAAAUAGUUUUGGAUUAAUUCCAAAUUUAUUCCCUGAA